AGGGACUUCCCGAAGGGGCCGGGGUGGCGCUGGACCAGCCGGGGCGCACUGUUCCUCCUGCCCCUGGAGUUUCUGGGGCUCCCGGCACCACCUCCUCCGCGCUGCCCUCCUUUGAGGGUCCCACUUUCCCAGCCAGGGCCGGGGCUUUUCUUCCCUUUACAUCUCUGCUGUUUGUGUCGGAGAAAACCCAUCUCGCUGUUUUUCUACCGCUUGAAGGUGUUUUUCGGGGGUUUUUCAGGCUAUUUUGAAGCUCGUUUUUCCCAGAUGUGCUUUUUUUUUCUGCUUUUUUUUUUCUUCUUCUUCUUCUUCUGUAACUUUUCUUCUUCGCCUUAAAGUUUCCGGCCACGUGACUUUCAGCUUACAUCCCCUAGGUUCUGAGAAACCACAGGAGGCCUGAGACCUAAAGGGAAGGUGCAGAGCUCUGAGCGGAGAGCAGAGAAAGUAGCAGAGCGCGGGGCAGGAGGACAGCGUGCCUCUGGGACGGGCCCGCACAGGGAGGCCAGCAAGCAUCCCAGGGCAGGCAGAGAAGGACAGGGGACAAAGCAAGGGAGAAAGAGAGAAGCUGGGCAUACCGUGAGCAUAAAGGAAGCUGAAGAGGCCCUGGGAGCCAGAGACGGGAGCCAUGCCCCACAGCUCCGACAGCAGCGACUCCAGCAGCUCCAGCCAGUCUCCUCCUCCCAGCAAGCAGGACUCUUCUGAUGACAUGAGGAAAGUCCAGAGGAGGGAGAAGAACCGCAUUGCUGCCCAGAAGAGCCGCCUGCGGCAGACCCAGAAAGCAGACACACUGCACUUGGAGAGCGAAGACCUGGAGAGGCAGAACGCGGCCCUGCGCCGGGAGAUCCGGCAGCUGACGGAGGAGAUGAAGCACUUCACCUCGGUGCUGAGCUCCCACGAACCGCUCUGCUCCAUCCUGGCGUCGCCCCCGCCGCCGCCCCCAGAGGUGCUUUAUGCCACACACUCCUUCCACCAGCCCCACAUCAGCUCCCCGCGCUUCCAGCACUGAGCCAGCCGGUGGGGCGGCCAAGAAGCAACCUCGCGGGGCUCGCUUUUCCAUCCGGAGAGGGACAGACAGACAGACGGCCCUUCUCACAGUGUGUACUCUGAGUGACUUUGUCCAAGACUUGUUCCCCGUGCAGAAAUGGCAGGGCCACCAGGAGGCAUCUUCGGGCAGUUUCCAGCUUGGAUCCUGGGAAGAGGAGCAUUCGCAAAAGGGCACCAUCCCCUUCCCCGGUGCUUGCUUGGGGACCCCACGGGAGCGUGGGCACGGGCAGCCCCCGUGCGAGCGGCUGGCUGCGGCGUGCGGCGGCGGGAGCUCCGGGCAGAGGAACGGAAGCAGGGGCGGAGGGGAACGUUGGGGGCCAUAGAGUACCAGGGCAAAACUGGUUUAUUUUUGUAAAAUAAAGAAUGAAAAUGCUUCGCGCUUUGUUUUUCAAAACAGGAUGAGCCGCUCCGAAGGCCCUGCGUGGCACGGUGGGAUCGGGGCGGUGGCAGGGGAGAGCGUGGAGUUCAGGGAACAGCCCCAUGUCUGCUGACGUCUCAUCCAUCUCAUUUCUGAGGAGCAGGGGUGUGUGGGGUGGCCUGUGGGCUGCACAAGCAGCGCAGCCGGGAAGGAGCACAGCAGUAUGGAGGGGGGUGGUGACGCUGUGCUGGAGUGGAUGGGGAAGCAGGGCCUGGCAGGAGCCCCGCUCCAAGGGGCACACGGCUUCAGACCGCGCUGUUUCCCCUGCCUUGCCACAGCUCUUCCUCCCCAGGAGGAUGCCGGGCUACCUCCU